AUGAAGAAUGUCCUUUCUCUGGGUUACAAGUCAGCAGCAGUGGCGGCGAGCAGCGCAGCAGUACCAGCUAGGUACUCCCCACAUGCUGCAAGAGCGACAGCAGUAGCAGCAGCUGCUGCUGCCUCGGCAGCACGUUCUGCAUCCACCACAAUAGGAAACACAGUAUGUUUGCUCGGAGGUCGUUCGACAAAUGCUCGCAGAGCGAGCACAACCCGUAAUGGCCCACUCAGGGGCCCCCAGAGGGGCCCCAGCGCUCCAUGGGCUCCUAUUAGUGCCCUAGCUGCGAAUAUGCCUUGGACUGGCGGCAGUGUUAGCGCGCCAAUCAGCAGCAACAGCAAAAGCAGUGUUUUCCAAGAACGUCCCGCCGCCUCGCCUUCCGUUUCUGCACCAGCAGCAGCACCAGCGUCUGCUGAGAGCUGCAGAAUAGUCAUGUGUCGAACAUUCCAUCAAGUGCAGCAGCAGCAGCAACAACAGUUGUUGCUGCAGCUGCAGCAGAAGCAACAACAGCCGCACAGCCUCUUUUCAGUCAAAAUCUAUCCCUUCAGUGUAGCAGCAGCUAUACAGCGCCGAGCCUCAUCUCAUGCUGCAGAUGCAUCUCAGGGCGCGUCUUCACAGUCGUCGAAACAGCAGCACAGAACGCAAGCCGCAGGAGCCCCGGGAGGUCCCCCGGGUGGCCCCGGCGCACCCCCAGGGGGGCCGCGUUCGAAGUGGAGGUUUGUGAAGGCCGCGGGAAGGCAUGCAUUUGCGGCGAUGAAGAAGUUGGCGAAACUGUUGUGGCGUUUCGUCGUGAUCACCUGCCGGUACACUGCAGAGUUCAUUCGGAACCCCCGCGUGGUGGAGAAGUGGUACGCGAAAGCCAAGCAUGCAACGCUUCACACGGUGCGCUGGUGCUUGACUGGUUUUCGUCUGUUCUUCGCAAAUGUCCGCGUAUCGUAUCAGCUGCUGAAGAAAAAGAUACUGGGUUAUCCUCUGAGGUAUAAUGAGCAUAAGCUGUUCGUUCGUACUACAGCAGACGCUCUGAAGCUUAUCCCCUUCUCGUUGCUUAUUAUUGUGCCGCUGGGGGAGCUGCUGAUUCCCGUGGCUCUGCGGCUAUUUCCAAACAUGCUGCCUUCUACUUUUAAACAGCAGCCCGUGGACCACGCCUUCCUGAGUCGCAAGCUGCAGGCUAAGCAGGAGUUGGCGGCUUUCUUCCAAGAGUUGUUACAGGAGCGGACGAGGCAACUGAUAGAACAAACCCCUGCUGCAGAUUCUGCGGCGAAGGCAAAAGCCCUCAAAUCGUUCCAAGCAAAAUUGCUCAAACCAAAUAAUACUUCAGAGCCACCGCUUCCUGGGUUGAAAGAGGUGCUGGAAUUUUCGCGUUUGUUUAAGGACGAUUUUGUUCUAGAUAAGAUGGACCUGCAAACUCUUCAGGUCAUGUGCAAGUUGCUGGGCCUACAGCCCUACAGCGUCCGCUCCCAUGUGGUGCUGCAGUUAAGACACCACAUAAACCACAUACAAAGGGAGGACAGGGAGUUUCUUUGGGAAGGCGUGGAGAGCCUUACCCACGAGGAACUCGUGGAGGCCUGCAGAGACAGAGGCAUGAAGUUCUACGGCACCACAGAUGACGCCAUGAGGGAGCAAAUGAGGCGCUGGCUCGAGGUGUCAAGCCACUGCGACGUGCCCCCAAUUUUGCUGCUGUGGAGCCGCUGCGUAUCUAUGAUACCUGCGUCUCGCUUGCCAGAAGCAGCAGCACCAGCAGCGCCAGCAGCAGCAGCAGCAGCUCCUGGAGCAGACGAGACGGCAAAAGAACCCAGCAUAUCGCUUGCUGCAGUCGCAGGGCAGCAAGCUGCAGCAGAGGAGCAGAAAGAUGAGGCUUCAGCAGCAAAAGAAGCUGCAACGACUGCUGCUACUACAGCAGCGGCGACGGAUGCCGAAACUGAAACAGAUUCAUUGAGGAAAACAGCGAGCCUCGAGGCAAUGACGAAGCAAGUAGAGCUGCUGAGGGAGGAGGAAGAAUCCCUAAGGCAAAGCAUUUCAUUGUUGCAAGAGGAGCGAGCACAGCACACCCAGAUGCAGAAGCAGCAGAGGCAUCCGGAAGCUCCAGAGGAUGCCCUAGACACUUCAGCGGAAACCCUACAGCAGCAGCUGCAACAGCAGCAGCUUCAACAGCAGCAGCAGCCAGACGUCCCAGAAGUUCAGGGUACUCCUGGAGACGCAGCUACCGUAGAAGCAGAAGCGCAGGCGAACACGGAGUCAGGGAAAGAAACGCGGGAUGGCCGCGAUGUGGAGAGAGAGCUUCGGUUGCUGCGGCAGUUGACAGAUAUACAACACGAGCACGAAGAGAGACAAUUCCACGUUUUUAAUCAAGUGCAAAUGGCCGUGGAAGCACUCAAGAGCAAGCUCGCGCCUCCCACCAAAGGAACAGCAGAAGCAGCAGAAGCAGCAGACGCAACAGUGUCAGCGGCAGCAGAAGCAGCAGCGACAGCCGCAGAAGUGCUCGAGCCAGACCCCAAAGAAGUACUGCGCCAGCAAGCAGCAGAAUUGCUGAAAGAUGAGUUGCACGAGCUCGAUCUAUGUAUGGCUCUGUUGGCCCAAGAGUUUGCCGAGGACGCGAAGGAAGUGGAGCAUUUCAUGACAGACGCAAGAAACCCUCCAGACGAUAGCGCUACGACUGAAGGCGAGGGACAGUCAGCAGAGGACGUCAGCGAGAGAGAAAGGGAAAAAGCAGAAAUGAAAGUGACGAGUGAAACAAAUGCAGAUGAGAAGCAGCCAAACGAAACAAAUAAAGUACACAAAGCAGAGUCAUGA